UGGACAUGUCCGUCUAGUUCUAGUCUUCCAUUGAUCCUCGUACCAGAUACCAAUCAUACCUAUAACCGUUACGAGUCCGAAAAAUAAAAGAAAAUAGAAAAAAGAAAAUCCCCUUUCCCUCUCCCUCUCCCUCACUCACUGGCUGAUCAACCCCACUCUAGGGUUUUCCCCCCCUAAUUUCCCUCUGUUUUUGGCAAACCCUCGCCCCAAGUUUCAUUAAUUUAUUGGUUGGAUUGUGAAUUGAUGGUAGAAGGGAGUGAAGGCGGCGGGCCCGAAUUGGGGCCCGGGUCAAAACCCACGUCAUCAUUCGAAGCAGCCGGAGGCCGCCUCCGGUUCACGGUGGAGCUGCGGCCCGGAGAAACGACAAUUGUUUCGUGGAAAAAGCUUCUCAGAGAGGCUAAUUCGAGCAAGUCCAAUCGGCCCGGCCCAUCAAAUUCGGGCCAAUCUUUCGAGGCCCAACGUCAGCCUGUUGCUCAGCCCCCGCCUCCCCCACCUCCUUUGGCGCCUUCUUCUUCAAAGCAAACUACGGAGGCUGAACCAAAGGAUUCACAGGCGCAGGCCGGGUCGAAUCGGUUGAGCACCGUGAUUGAGAGAAUUGAGCGAAUGUACGCGGGUAAUGGGAGUAGCGAUGAGGAAGAUGUUGUUCUCGAUAAUAUUCCUGAUGAUGAUGAGUAUGAUACAGAGGAUUCAUUCAUUGAUGAUACUGAGCUGGAUGACUACUUUCAGGUGGACAACUUGGCAAUAAAACAUGAUGGAUUUUUCGUUAACCGUGGGAAGUUGGAGCCAAUUGAACCUACCAUAUGCACGAACCAACAACCAAAAAAGAGAAGACGUAAAGAUUUGACAAAAGGUCAUGGUGGGAGUGACGAUGGACAUAAUCCGAAUAAAAUUGUGAAAGUAGGAAAUAGAGGUAGAAAAAGAAACUCAGCUAGUCAGUCUCACGGAGUGUCGAUGCCAAACAUACAUGGUGAGGAUAUGCAGUUUCAGGCUGCUCUGGCAAAUGCUUCUGAAGUUUCAUUAAAGAAGAAAACUACAGAUAUGCAGACUGCGGUGCAUCCUUCAGAACUGUUGAAUGGUGAUGCCAUCAGGGAGGACACUGAAACUGAUCUGAAAAUACCUGGAGAUCCCUCAUCAACGAACCAUAUUACCAAAUGGAAAGUGAGCGAAUUUCAAGAUACUUCAACUCAGAGGUCAAAUGAUAAAAGUCCACAUCUAAGCAAAUCUCAUACUGAAAAACAACUAUAUAACAUUGAUGAUCUAGAUCAGUCGACUCAACAGAAAGGGAAAAGUGGACUGGCAGAAAGAUUUGACCUUAAUAUUCCUGCAAGCAGGGACUCUCUGCCGACUACGAGAAAGGAAGGCGCUGGUGUUAGACCAAAAGGUGCAACGCUCGAGAAGGCAAUCAGAGAGUUGGAGAAGAUAGUAGCAGAAUUUCGACCACCUUCUACGGAAGUUCAGGAUCCUGAUAUUUCAUCUCAGGCAGUCAAAAGGAGAUUGCCAGCUGAAAUAAAGCAGAAACUGGGCAAAAUUGCUAGAUUAGCGCAAGCCAGUACUGGUAAAAUACCUAAGGAUGUGAUCAAUCGCCUGAUGAGCAUUGUUGGGCACUUGAUGCAAAUUAGGACACUAAAGCGAAACCUUAAAGUCAUGGCUAAUAUGGGAUUAUCUGCCAAACAAGAGAAGGAAGAUCGAAUACAGAAGAUAAAACAAGAAGUCGCAGAGAUGGUUAAGCUGCGGAUUCCAUAUAUGAAAUCAAAAAUUCAGCAACAAACUGCAAAUUCAGACGAUUUCAAGGAAGCUGGUCCAGAAGAGAAAGAAGCCUUGAAACGCAAGUACAGCUUGGACGAUGUAUUGGAGAAUAAGAUUUGCGACUUAUAUGACCUUUAUGUUGAGAGACUGGAAGAAGAUUCAGGUCCACCAGUUCGAAAGCUGUAUGAAGAGCUUGCAGUAUUGUGGCCAUGUGGAUUCAUGGAUACUGGUGGAAUUAAACGUGCCAUAUAUAGAGCGAAAAACAGAAAGGGACUGUGCAGUCUGCGCAAGGAUCGAGAUAAAAUCAAGAAGAAAAAGGUGUUGGCACCAAAAGCAGUGGAUGCUAUGAAUGUUACUCAGGCACAGCAUAUUCAUGAGAAAAAAUUGUCAGAUUCUCGUGACCAAGUUUCCGCUUUGACAAGCAAGCCCAUUCUCAGUGCUGCAGUAGCACAAGGUGCUGGUCUUCUUCCUGUUGCCUUUGCAAAUGGUUCCAACAUUGACAAGCUGAAGCAAGCAAAAAAGAAUGGGAGCUCCAGCAAGGGUCCUGUUCCUGUGAUGCCAUCCGAUGUAUUACCAAAAAAGAAAGUAAAGAGGAAGCCAAAUGCAGAGGUUAAUGAAGCUCAGUUCUGCCUUGAGAAGCUCGUUUCACAGGGGGAGGAACGGCGCAGGCACCCUAAGCAUGCCGCACUUCCUCUGUCUAAAUCAAACCUUCAACCAGCCUCAGGCUCCGCAUACCAGACUUAAACAUAAUGAUUCAAAUGGACCCUGAACUUAUCGGUAGAGUAGUUUUGAGUAGCACAAGCCUUUUACUUUGAUUUUGGUUCGUUAGGCUUCAUUUUGACAAGUAGCUGCUAGAUAGCAACUUUUGUAAUUAUAAUGAGUUGAUUAUUAUUCUUAGCGGACAUUGGAGAUUCUAUGAGUAGGGUCAGCUGAAGAGCGCUUGGCUUCAUCACUUGGUGUUUUUGCUUCGAUAUUCAGCUUAAUUUUGAUA